AUGAAGUUGUUAUCAACCCUAUUCUUUUUCAUUGUUGUUUCUGCUAGUAUCAUAAACUGUCAACCAACAUUAAAUGAACCACCUCCACAAUAUGUAAUUCAAGGAACAUUUUCAAUUCCAUAUGCAAAUGUUACUAUACCAGUAACACUAGUUUAUGAUUCAAUUAAUAAUCGUCAAUAUUAUGAUUAUUAUGAUGGAUUGGAUAUUCAAUUGAAUCUUUGGAACUCGAAUUUGAGUUAUACAAUCACUCCACAGGUAUACCAUCUUGGAUGUUCGGUCAAUGAGUAUGCUGGUCAACUCACUCCUAUUCUUCCAGUCAAUGCAAGUGAUUGGGUAUUCAACGGAACUGCCAAUAUCAAUGGACAACAAGCCAACACCUUUAUGCUCAAGACUGUCAUGUAUGGAAAGCCAAACUACUAUUACAUGAGUGUAGAUGUCAACGAUGGUACUCCUCUCCAAUACUAUAUCGAUGGAGAGAACCUUAUCCUCGGUCCAAGCCAUCCAGAUGUUUACAUUUUAAACAUUACCUUCUUUUCAUCUGAUAUUUCAGACUAUGAAUACGUGUUUACUCCACCUUCAUUUGUUAUUUGUGAAAUGUCACAAGAUUCUUGGUCAGGUGAAGAAAUCAAAGAAAAUGAAAAGAAAAAUAAGGAUUGUACAUUUGAUCCACACCAUAUUGUCAAUCAUGCCAAGGAAAAGGAAUCAAACUAUCAAGUAUCGUUUGAAGAAUUUAAGAAAACACACAACAAACAAUAUAACCAUCAACACCAACACAACCAUAGAUUCAAUCUAUACAAGAAUAGAUUACACAAUAUUAUUCGACAUAAUCACAAAUCUGACAAGACCUUUAAGAUGGGAAUGAAUCAUUUUGGUGACAAGACGGUUGACGAAUUGAUGGGAAUGACAGGUCAAAGAAAUGGAAUGCAACUUGACUCUGAACUCUAUGAAAAGGCUGAAAUCCAUGUACCAAAAGUUGAUCUAAAAGAUUUACCUGCAUCUGUAGAUUGGAGACAGUCUGGUUGUGUUUCACCAAUCAAGGAUCAAUCGAUAUGUGGAUCAUGUUGGGCGUUUGGUUCGAUUGCAGCUUUGGAAAGUCAAAAUUGUGUUGUCAAUGGUCAAUUGGUAGAACUCUCUGAACAACAAUUGGUAGAUUGUAGUUACCAACAAGGAUCAGAAGGAUGUGAUGGUGGAUCUGCCUAUGGAGCAUACGAGUAUGUUAUGGUAAAUGGAGGUAUCUCGACUGAACAAGUCUAUCCAUACACAUCAGAGAAUGGGUAUUGUCUUGUCAAUCAUAGAUCGUCUGGUGUACAGAUUCAAGGAUACAUUAGAAUUCAAAAUGGUUCAGAAGCCGACCUUCAAGAGGUUAUUGCAACGAUUGGACCUGUUACAGGAGCCAUUGACACUCAUCUUGGUAUUGAUCCAGACUUUUAUUUCUAUCAAUCUGGUGUAUACUCUUCACCCAUAUGUACAUCCUGGAGCUACGACCAUCAAAUUCACAUCAUUGGUUAUGGCACCUACCAAGGAACAGAUUAUUGGCUAAUUAGAAACUCCUGGUCUACUCAUUGGGGUAUGUCCGGAUUUGCGAUGAUGCUCAGAAACUCCGAUAAUUCAUGUGCCAUUGCUACCGAUGCUGUUUAUCCAGUUGUUAUUAAACAAUAA